AUGCCGUCUUCUCGCGUUUGGCUUUGGCAUCCCAACAAGCCAGCCCCAUCAACCAGUGUUCAAGAGAAAAAUUAUCGAUGUUGCUGUUAUCUUUUCCCAUCACCGAGUGGUUUCCCCAUCUACAAUUAUAUCCUUUUGGCGAUCGAGUUGGGCGCACUGUCUCUAUCGUUGCUAACGACGAUCACCCCAAAAGCGGCUCCAAUUCCACCACAAACGUGGUUCAACAUGAUCAUAUGGGCGUCGAUGACAGUGAUCGGGAUUGUCGCCUCGAGAACCCUUCGCCCAUUCUACAUGCAAAUUUAUUUAAUACUGACGACAAUCCUCUUCGUACUCGGCUUUUUUGGUGCCGGGCUUCUUCUCAUUGUCAGUUUGAUAAUUAUCAGUGUUCCAAAGGAUCAGUACACUCGGGAGUUUGAGCGCGCGAUCACGAGCGGUUUCGCGAAUGAUCAACACGAGUUAGUGGGCACAAUCUUCAUGUUAAUCGUUUGCAUGUUGGUCGUCGUUUGGCAGGCUCAACUCACCUACUCGUUUUACUUCUAUGUGCGUGAUCGGCAACUCGAGAUCGAGGCUAGACAAGGGGAAAAUCAACAAAAUAGAGUGCUCGUCGCACAACGCAUCGCAAUGAAAGAUCCGGAAAAACAAGAAAUGCUACCCCCACCCCCAUACGACACACUU